GUGAAAAUUCUCAGUGAGUGGCUUCUGGUGGGUAUUCUUUGAAAGUCUUAGUGUUUCUUCUCUUCCACUGGUGAAGAAAGACAAAGGUGAGGAUGCAGGUGAUGCUCCGACUGGUGGCUCUGCUCCUCACACUUUGCUGCUGCAGCUAUGCUCAGCGCCUCAGCUUCGUGUUUCCGCGUGUUGGAAGCACUGCUGGAGCCACACGUCUCACCCUCACAGGAGACGGUUUCGCUCAGGAGCGACAGUUCCAGCUGUAUCCCAAGGACAACAUGUUCGGCAACCACGUGAUGCUGGUGUCGAACACUCGCUCCAUCCCCUGCGAUGUCGAGAGAGACUCCACACACGACAGCCAGAUCUUGUGCUACACAAGACCCAUGCCCAGCGACCACUACGUGGUCCGUGUCAGUGUGGAUGGGGUUCCCGUUCGUGAUGAAAACAUCUGCAAUGGAGUGUACAAACCAUACCACUGCAGUUUCUAUACCAGGUGGUACAGGACACCCACCAUCACGUCCCUGAGUCCGGUCAGCGGUCCUCCACAGACCCUGGUGACGUUACGAGGACAAAUCUUCACAGAUGUCUACGGAAGCAACACUGCGCUGAGCUCAAAUGGAAAGAACCUCAGAUUUCUCAGGUCCUACAUGGGCGGGAUGCCGUGCGAGAUGCUCAAACCUGAAUCUGAUGAGCUAUACAAGCUGAAACUGGACUCGGAAAGUUCAAACUGGGGACAUAUGAGCUGCAGAAUGACCGGGACUUACGUUGGACAUCACAACAUGAGCUACAUUCUGGAUGAAAGCUACGGCAGCUCAGGGGAAGGUUGGCCUCACCAAGCCCGGGAGGGCACUCUUGAUGUGGACACUCUAGUGGAGGCAGUCAAGAUGGGAAUCCUUAACUCACUUGGUAUGGACAAGGAGCCUCAGCUCACGCAGAAGGUCUCGGAUGAAGAACUGAGCAGGAUGUAUCAGCUCUACUGGGACAAACUGGGGGAGAUGAGAGGAAAUUCCACCCGGCCGGUGGGGACUACCAUGUCGACUGUGCUUUUUCCAGCUGCAGUGGCGCCAAUAAAAGCACCUCAGAGUGAAGAACAAGCACCGCCUGGUCCACACCCGCAGUGGUACAGAGCUGUUUUCCAAAAGAACCCAAAAAUCCACAUGGAAAUGAUGCUAACCCGAGCCGAGCUGAAGCUUUCCAGGCGUAUCCUCAUCCAACCAACACAAGUGAACGUUAAAGUGAAGAGGAUGAAGGUGGUGAACUCAACAACAUGGACACAAACGGGGUCUCGUGAUAACAACACACUCAUGCCGCAUGCGACGGUGGACAUCAGCCCUAAGGUGGAAAAGUGGAUAAGAGCAGAUGAUAAGUCGCUGGUUGUUGACGUAAGAAUGGCUGAGGGUGAAGGUGACCCAAUACUUUCUCUGGAAUUAGACUUCACUCGGUCCAAAUCAGCACACGGCGUGAGACUGCCUCGCUCCAACAGGGAGGAUGACUGCAACGACCAAGGAUGGUGCUGCCGCAAGUCAGCUAACGUGUCAUUCAGAGACAUCGGAUGGACGGAUUGGGUCGUGGCCCCGACGGAGUACACCAUGCACUUGUGCGACGGCACCUGCCCGCACAACUACAAGCCUGCUAGCAUGCACACGCAAGUGAAGACUCGACUGCACCAGAUCAUGAAAGACAGGAUGCCGCGGCCCUGCUGCGUGCCGGCCUCGUACGAGCCCAUGGUCCUCAUGCACUACGACAGCAAGGGGAAGUUGAAACUCACACCUUUUAAUGACCUAAUAGUCAGUAAAUGUCACUGUGCCUGAAAGUUGAGUUUGAGUUUUUCUUAGGAUAAAUCAUGUUACUGGUGAUGAUUUUUUGUUUUGCUUAAUGGUUUAUUUAUUUAAACUUUCUAUUUAUUGUGUUGAGUGAU